AUGGAAAUUGACAACGCUGCGUACACUGUUCCUGUCCAGGGAUACGCCGGAAUGGAGUGUGAAACAAGCGUGAAACGCCGUUCGAGCGUCUCCGAGUCGAGCCAAAAAAGAUGCCGCCGCGUCAGCAAUUCGUUUGCAAAAAAGGAAUUGAAAAUUCGAGCGGCUUUGUUGAAGCAGGACGAUAUGAUGAUGCAGGAGAGUACCGUUUUCACGCACAUUCCGUCGCCAAUUACAAUUGUUGACGCGAACUGCAACGUGUCGAAUUUCUCAGACUCGUAUAUCUCGUCCGCUUCUUGCGUCCUGUGCUUCUUUGGUAAUGUUCAGAGACCCCUGUUUAGUGUGGAUGAAAUUCCUCCUCAUCUGUUGGCGCUGGAUUACGUAUUGCCUUGUUUGAUGGCUUACAAUACCAGCAUUUUUGGAAUUACGACCGAUUCCCCUGAUAGUAUUGUUGCCUGGAAGCAGAACAUCCUGCCGAACACGAUCUCGUUGCCCAUUAUUUCUGAUUGGAACCGUGAGAUUUGUUUGGAGAUGGGCAUGCUCCAUCCACUGGGCGGCGGACAUAUUGCAUUGGAUGCAAUUGUCAUUGUAGACUCUCAAGGACGCCGUCGCGACACUCUUUUGAUCCGUUCUUCAACGGACAUUAACAAGUUGGUGCAGACUGUCCAGGAAACGCUUCGUUUCCUUGCCUACGAGAACGAAACCACUGCGUAA